UCAUGCUGCUGCCAGGUCCAGAGUCUCUCAUGGGUCCCUGUACGGCCUCCCAUUGCUGCUGUCUCCAUCGCCACACUCUGCCAUGUGCCACUUUCAGGUCUCCUCACACUGCUGGUGUGUUCCAUUUUGUCAUAGGAUGCUGGCAGAUUACGGGCCUCCCAUUGCUGCUGCCAGGCCUGUAAUCUGCCAUGGGCCCCUGUACCGCCUCCUCAUGCUGCUGCCAGGCCCGUAAUCUGCCAUGGGCCCCCGUACCGCCUCCUCAUGCUGCUGCCAGGCCCGUAAUCUGCCAUGGGCCCCCGUACCGCCUCCUCAUGCUGCUGCCAGGUCCAGAGUGUGUCAUGGGUCCCUGUACGGCCUCCCAUUGCUGCUGUCUCCAUCGCCACACUCUGCCAUGUGCCACUUUCAGGUCUCCUCACACUGCUGGUGGGUUCCAUUUUUGUCAUAGGGUGCUGUAUGGCCUCCCAUUGCUGCUGCCUCCACCGCCACACUGUGGCUCCACACUCUGGUUUUGGCCCCGUGACUGCCCAAAUGAGUGAAGUGUGCGGUGAUUCUAGGAUCGACGGCACUCAUCUGCAUGUCAUACUGACUGACAGUAUUAUUUCUCUUCCCCAGCAGACUCCAAGGGCAUUUAAAUUAAAGGUACAGUGUUCUGCACUAAUAUAA